AUGUCUGAUUCCCAGCAAUCCAUUAAAGUUCUAGAAGAACUCUUCCAGAAGUUAUCUGUUGCUACUGCUGACAACAGAGAUGAUAUCGCUUCUGAAGUCGCUUCUUUCUUGAAUGGUAACAUUAUUGAACAUGAUGUUCCAGAACACUUCUUCUGUGAAUUGACCAAGGGUAUCAAGGACAAGAAGACCGCUGCUAACUCCAUGCAAGCUGUUGCUCAUAUUGCUAACCAAUCUAACUUGUCUCCAUCUGUCGAACCAUACAUCGUUGAAUUGGUUCCAGCUAUUUGCAGCAACGCUGGUCACAAGGACAAGGAAAUUCAAACUAUUGCCAGUGAAACUUUGAUUUCUAUCGUCAAUGCUGUUAACCCAGUUGCCGUCAAAGCUUUGUUGCCACAUUUAACUAACGCUAUCGUCGAAACCAACAAAUGGCAAGAAAAGAUUUCUAUUCUUGCUGCUUUCUCCGCUAUGGUUGAUGCUGCUAAGGACCAAGUCGCUCUAAGAAUGCCUGAAUUGAUUCCAGUUUUGUCAGAAACUAUGUGGGACACCAAGAAGGAAGUCAAGGCCGCUGCUACUGCCACCAUGACUAAGGCCACCGAAACUGUUGACAACAAGGAUAUUGAACGUUUCAUUCCAAGUUUGAUUCAAUGUAUUGCUGACCCAACUCAAGUUCCAGAAACAGUCCAUUUGUUAGGUGCUACUACUUUCGUUGCUGAAGUCACCCCAGCUACUUUGUCUAUUAUGGUUCCAUUGUUGUCUAGAGGUUUGAACGAAAGAGAAACCGGUAUCAAACGUAAGUCAGCUGUUAUCAUUGAUAACAUGUGUAAGUUGGUCGAAGAUCCACAAGUUAUUGCUCCUUUCUUGGGUAAAUUGUUGCCUGGUUUGAAGGGUAACUUUGCUACCAUUGCUGAUCCAGAAGCCAGAGAAGUUACAUUGAGAGCUUUGAAGACUUUGAAAAGAGUUGGUAACGUUGGUGAAGACGACGUUAUCCCAGAAGCUUCUCAUGCAGGUGAUGUUUCUACUACUUUGCAAGUUGUUAACGACUUGUUGAAGGAAGAAACCGUUGCUCCAAGAUUCAAGAUUGUUGUUGAAUACAUUGCCGCCAUUGGUGCUGAUUUGAUUGACGAAAGAAUCAUUGACCAACAAGCUUGGUUCACUCACAUUACUCCAUACAUGACCAUCUUCUUACACGAAAAGAAGGCUAAGGACAUUUUGGAUGAAUUCAGAAAGAGAGCUGUUGACAACAUUCCAGUUGGUCCAAACUUCGAUGAUGAAGAAGAUGAAGGUGAAGAUCUAUGUAACUGUGAAUUCUCUUUGGCUUACGGUGCUAAAAUCUUGUUGAACAAAACUCAAUUGAGAUUGAAGAGAGCUAGAAGAUAUGGUAUCUGUGGUCCAAACGGUUGUGGUAAAUCCACUUUAAUGAGAGCUAUUGCUAACGGACAAGUCGAUGGUUUCCCAACCCAAGAAGAAUGUAGAACCGUCUAUGUUGAACACGAUAUUGAUGGUACUCACUCUGACACUUCUGUCUUAGAUUUUGUUUUCGAAUCUGGUGUCGGUACCAAGGAAGCUAUCAAGGACAAAUUGAUUGAGUUUGGUUUCACCGAUGAAAUGAUUUCUAUGCCAAUCUCUGCCCUAUCUGGUGGUUGGAAGAUGAAGUUGGCUCUAGCUAGAGCUGUGUUGAGAAAUGCUGAUAUCUUGUUGUUAGAUGAACCAACUAACCAUUUGGAUACCGUUAAUGUUGCUUGGUUAGUUAACUACUUGAACACUUGUGGUAUCACCUCCAUUACUAUUUCUCACGAUUCUGUUUUCUUAGAUAACGUUUGUGAAUAUAUUAUCAACUACGAAGGUUUGAAGUUGAGAAAGUACAAGGGUAACUUUACCGAAUUUGUUAAGAAAUGUCCAGCCGCUAAGGCCUACGAAGAAUUAUCUAAUACCGAAUUAGAAUUCAAGUUCCCAGAACCAGGUUACUUGGAAGGUGUUAAGACUAAGCAAAAGGCUAUUGUCAAGGUUUCCAACAUGGAAUUCCAAUAUCCAGGUACUUCUAAACCCCAAAUCACUGACAUUAACUUCCAAUGUUCUUUAUCCUCGAGAAUUGCUGUCAUUGGUCCAAACGGUGCUGGUAAGUCUACUUUGAUUAAUGUCUUGACUGGUGAACUAUUACCAACCUCUGGUGAAGUUUACACUCACGAAAAUUGUCGUAUUGCUUACAUCAAGCAACACGCUUUUGCUCAUAUCGAAUCACAUUUGGACAAAACUCCAUCCGAAUAUAUUCAAUGGAGAUUCCAAACUGGUGAAGACAGAGAAACUAUGGACAGAGCUAACAGACAAAUCAACGAAAACGAUGCUGAAGCUAUGAACAAGAUCUUCAAGAUUGAAGGUACCCCAAGAAGAAUUGCCGGUAUUCACUCCAGAAGAAAGUUCAAGAACACCUACGAAUAUGAAUGUUCUUUCUUGUUGGGUGAAAACAUUGGUAUGAAAUCUGAAAGAUGGGUUCCAAUGAUGUCCGUCGACAACGCUUGGAUUCCAAGAGGUGAAUUGGUUGAGUCUCAUGCCAAGAUGGUUGCUGAAGUUGAUAUGAAGGAAGCUUUGGCUUCUGGUCAAUUCCGUCCAUUAACCAGAAAGGAAAUUGAAGAACAUUGUUCCAUGUUGGGUUUGGACCCAGAAAUUGUUUCUCACUCCAGAAUUAGAGGUUUGUCUGGUGGUCAAAAAGUUAAGUUGGUCUUAGCUGCCGGUACAUGGCAAAGACCUCACUUGAUCGUUUUAGAUGAACCUACCAACUAUUUGGAUAGAGACUCUUUGGGUGCUUUAUCUAAGGCUUUGAAGGAAUUCGAAGGUGGUGUUAUUAUCAUUACUCACUCUGCUGAAUUCACAAAGAACUUGACUGAAGAAGUCUGGGCUGUCAAGGACGGUAGAAUGACUCCAUCUGGUCACAACUGGGUUAGUGGUCAAGGUGCUGGUCCAAGAAUUGAAAAGAAGGAGGACGAAGAAGAUAAAUUCGAUGCUAUGGGUAACAAGAUUGCCGGUGGUAAGAAGAAGAAGAAGUUGUCUUCUGCGGAAUUGAGAAAGAAGAAGAAGGAGAGAAUGAAGAAAAAGAAGGAAUUGGGUGAUGCUUACGUUUCUUCUGACGAAGAAUUCUAA